CAAUCUCCAUUCCUAGACAUUCAUCAGGGAGUCUCAAACUACGCCACACACAAUGCUUCUGUGGGUAUCUUCUUUUUUGGCCCAGUUGCUCAUUUGCUCUGCCUUUGUGGUGUCUCUGCAACCUGUUGGUAGAAUCGUCAACCUUGAUGAUCCAGAAGCUCACGAGGCGGCAUCGGUAGCUCUGGAAAACAUUAAUCGGAAUCAUGUCCAUGGAUACAAGUAUGCUUUAGACCGGAUAGAAAAAAUAAACGUGUAUCCCCAGGGCCCAGGUCAAGAAAUCUUCUCUUUAGAGAUUGAUCUUCUGGAAACAACAUGCCCUUCUGUUAGCCCUACACCUGUAGAGCGCUGUGCUGUGAGGCCAGUUGUAAAUCAUAGAGUAAAAGGUGAUUGUGAUGUUAAACUAAAGAAGGAAAAUGGCAACUUUACUGUGAUUGGAGUAAGGUGCAAAUCUGAACCAGAUUCAGCUGAAAAUAUAUUUGAAAUCUGCCCCAUCUGCUCUUUGCUGGCUCCCAUGAAUGACACACAGGUUAUUCAUGCUGUAGAAGUGUUACUAGGAAAAUUCAAUUCUGGGAAUAUCACUGGAUUCUAUCACCUUCAUGAGAUUGGUCGCGCACAGGUUCAGGCUGCCCCAGUCAACAAGAUCAGCGUUGAAUUUAUUGUUGCAGCUAGUAACUGCUCAAAGGAAGAUGCCAGUUCUAGUGAGAGUGUAUGUGUGGUCCAGACUGGAGCUGGUUCUCAUUAUGGUGCCUGUGUUGGUUCAUAUAGCCAAACCCAGGGGGUAGAGAAUGAGGACUUGGUGCAGUGCACGAUCUAUGAUCCACAGCCUCAGGAAGCAGUUGAUCAAAAGGUUCCUCCAGCACCCCAGCAACCUGUAGUGGUGCAACCACAUUUCCAUCAUAACCUUCACCAUGCAAACGUGGGCCAUUAUUCGUCUGAAUCCAACUCAGCAGAACAUCCUCAGGGGGUUCAUGUCAGCCAUGCAGUUUAGUGGAGAAUCGCUGGGGGGGGGUCAUGUCGGUCAUUAGUCAGUUUACAGGAAGCUGACUAUAGCCUUGUGUCUAAUAACAAAAAUAAAAAGCAUGUCCUAAGAAA